AUUGGAGGCCUUGUUGUGUAAUCAGCCCACCACUCUCCUUACCUACCACACCCAACACCUUCAUCUUCCAAUUCUAUUUAAAGCCCAACCUCCUUUCUCUCUCCUCCUCAGCUAAACCAACAAAUUACACUUAACCAAAAAAAAAACUCUUCUCCUCAAUUUCCCCCAUUUCUCUUUCCAUUCCUCCAUUAAAACAACCUUAAAUCUUCAACAAUGGAGAACUACCAAAAUGGAUCAUCCGAAACAGGUAUUUGCAUCGCCAAACGCACCAAAUACGACGAUCCAUUAAACUGGGGGAAAGCAGCCGAGUCAGUCACCGGUAGCCAUCUCGAUGAGGUCAAGAAAAUGAUCGAGGAAUACCGUAAGCCGGCUAUUCGGCUCGGCGGGGAGAGUUUGACUGUAGCUCAAGUAGCCGCUGUUGCUGGCGCCGAUAAUGCUUCGGUAGAGCUUGCCGAAUCGGCUCGUGCCGGAGUGAAAGCUAGCAGCGAUUGGGUGAUGGAAAGCAUGAACAAAGGAACUGAUAGUUAUGGUGUUACCACUGGUUUUGGUGCUACUUCUCAUCGGAGAACUAAACAAGGUGGUGCACUUCAAAAUGAGCUUAUUAGAUUUUUGAACGCUGGAAUUUUCGGCAAUGGAACCGAAUCAAGCCACACAUUGCCUCACACCGCAACUAGGGCAGCCAUGCUUGUGAGAAUCAACACCCUUCUCCAAGGUUACUCGGGCAUCCGCUUUGAAAUCUUGGAAGCCAUCACCAACUUACUCAACCACAAUGUCACUCCUUGCCUUCCCCUUCGCGGAACUAUAACUGCCUCCGGGGAUCUUGUCCCUCUUUCCUACAUUGCUGGGCUAUUAACAGGCCGACCAAACUCCAAGGCCGUGGGCCCUAAUGGAGAAGUCCUUAACGCGGAACAGGCAUUUAAGUCUGCCCAAAUCAGCUCAGGUUUCUUUGAACUUCAACCCAAGGAAGGUCUUGCUCUUGUUAAUGGUACUGCCGUAGGAUCAGGGAUGGCAUCCAUGGUUUUGUUUGAAGCGAACAUUCUGGCUGUUCUAUCAGAGGUAAUAUCAGCUAUUUUUGCCGAAGUUAUGAAUGGGAAACCCGAGUUUACAGAUCACUUGACUCACAAAUUGAAGCAUCACCCUGGACAAAUUGAGGCUGCUGCCAUCAUGGAGCACAUCUUAGAUGGUAGCUCAUACAUGAAGGCUGCUAAGGCUUUACAUGAGAUGGACCCACUACAGAAGCCUAAGCAAGACAGAUAUGCUCUCAGGACAUCACCCCAAUGGUUGGGCCCACAAAUUGAAGUCAUCCGUUGGGCCACAAAGUCCAUCGAGCGUGAGAUCAACUCUGUUAAUGACAACCCUCUUAUUGAUGUGUCCCGAAACAAGGCGUUGCACGGUGGAAACUUCCAGGGUACUCCUAUUGGUGUGUCGAUGGACAAUGCAAGAUUGGCUCUUGCAGCUAUUGGUAAAUUGUUGUUUGCGCAAUUUUCAGAAUUGGUUAAUGACUUCUACAACAACGGGCUUCCGUCAAACCUUACAGCAAGCAGGGACCCCAGCUUGGACUACGGUUUCAAGGGGGCCGAGAUUGCAAUGGCUUCUUACUGUUCCGAGCUUCAGUUCUUGGGUAACCCGGUUACAACUCAUGUCCAAAGUGCCGAGCAGCACAACCAGGAUGUUAACUCCCUUGGGCUCAUUUCAGCUCGUAAGACUGCUGAGGCCGUGGACAUCUUGAAGCUCAUGUCAUCCACCUUCCUUGUGGCGCUAUGCCAGGCUAUUGAUUUGAGACACUUGGAGGAAAACAUCAAGCAUUCAGUGAAGAACACCGUCAGCCAGGUAUGCAGACGGGUAUUGAUCACAGGGGCCAACGGUGAACUUCACCCAGGAAGAUUCUGCGAGAAGGAGCUCAUCAGAGUAGUCGAGAGAGAACACGUGUUUGCUUAUGCAGAUGAUCCUUGCAGCGGAACUUAUCCCUUGAUGCAAAAGCUCCGUCAAGUCCUGGUUGAUCAGGCUUUGGCUAAUGGCGACAGCGAGAAAAAUGCCAGCACUUCAAUCUUCCAAAAGAUUGGAGCCUUCGAGGAGGAGCUCAAGGCACGGCUUCCUAAAGAAGUAGAGGCAGCACGAGCAGCAUAUGAUAAUGGUAACCCUGCUAUCCCAAACAGGAUUAAGGAAUGCCGGUCUUAUCCCUUAUACAAGUUCGUUAGAGAGGAGCUUCAGACCACCUUACUGACCGGAGAGAAAGUGAAGUCUCCCGGAGAAGAAUGCGACAAAGUAUUCACUGCACUAUGCCAAGGAAAGAUCAUUGAUCCUCUUUUGGAUUGUCUCAAGGAGUGGAAUGGAGCUCCUUUGCCUAUCUGUUAAUAAAACCCCCAAAAGGGGUCGCGUUUUCACUAUCAUGUUAAUCAUGUAUCUGCUUCAUUUUGUUAAAAUCUAAUGUUCAAAAAUUUAUUUUGUCUUGUGAGGAUUAUUAGGGUAAACAACUUUUUUUUUCAUCCCCUUUUAUGUAAUGUCAAUGUAAUCAUUAUCACAUAUUAAUUACUUUUUUUUUUU